AGGUAUUCUGGGAUUGGGGUAUAAAUCUUAACACUCUCUUUGAUGGUCUCAGUAGCACCAGAACCCGAGGAGCUCGGAGAAAACUAAAACAUGUGGUUAAGGGUCCUCUUACUUGUCUGUGUGAUCUCAAGUCUGGUCAAGUCUAACGGAAUCUACCGCGCAGUGAAUCCAAGAUUGAUUCCAUGGUGGUUCACAAGAUUUCCAAACUCCAGAGUUUUGCUCAACAGACAGAUUUUCAAUAACAUCUACCGGAGAUUGAUUCUGCGGGAUCCAUACUGGCACAGACGAUUACAUGCUCAUAGACACAGGAUUGUCCACCCUAUACACUUACAUAGGCAUGUUCACCCAGCUAUCCUGAACACAAGAUCAGUCGGAGUAUAUGAUCGGCCUGUAGCUGGCGGUGUGCCUGGAAUUUAUGACGAAGACGUUUCCUUGCCUGUAUUUUCUUCUGCAGCAGGGCGUGUCGAUAGUUCUUCCGUUGCUUCAGUAUCUGACAUUCCUGUGCAGCUCCCUGUUCCUGAACCUGCAGUUGUACAAGCUCCUCUUCCACGACCAGCCGUCACGACGUCUACUGCAGCCGUAGAUUCUGACAAGCAUUUGAUCGGAAAAUCAGAAACAUAUGUACGUUAUUUCAGUCCAACAAUUGAUAGAUACAACACACCCUGGAAAAAAGUUCAGUCCAGUUACAAGGACUAUGGGCAUAUUAACGUUCCCGCCGUUUAUGACCAACAAGUACUUGGUACCGGGUCUGCAAUUGAUAAUGGCGCGGGCAAUUUUGGCGGUUCUUCCGGAUACUUCGGUUAUGGUCUAGAUGACGGUUUCGUUGGCGGUGGUGUGGAUGGCGGUUUUGUUGGUGGUAGUGUGGAUAGCGGUUUCGUUGGCGGUGGAGUUACCGGCGGCGGUUUCGUUUCCGGUGGUGUGGAUAGCGGUUUCGUUGGCAGUGGUGUGGAUGGCGGAUUUGUUGGCGGUGGUGUGGAUGGUGGUUUCGUUUCAGGCGGUGGCGGUUUACUUGCCGCUAGUGGUUCCGUGGAUGGUGGUUAUUCUGGAGGACUCGUUGCUUAUGAUGCAAACAAUCCAAGCCAAUCCUACACAAGAUUCCGAGAUGUAUUCUAAUAUAGGGCAGAAAAGAGCCAUGUGAUAUCUGGAAGGUUUUACACGUUUUGAAGUUUUAUACAAUCAUUAUUAUUAAAAUGGAAAUUUAG